UUUUCAUUAAUUUCCAAACAUGGGAGGAACAGCAAAGAUUUUCAAAAAAUGUGCCCCUAACGGACGAGUAUAUGUUUACCUGGGGAAAAGAGAAUUUGUUCAGUGUGAUGGAGCAACUGAGCCUGUUUCUGGAAUAGUUUAUAUUCAGGACUGGAAGGAUACUCUGAAGGGUAGGAAGGUGUAUGUCCAGCUGGUAGUUACCUUUAGACAUGGUCGGGAAGAGGACGAGACUAUGGGACUAUCCUUCAAGAAGGAGCUUAUCAUUGAUCGUACAGAGGUGAACCCUGCUGAGAAUAAAGAGGGAGAAACUAAACUUCAGACUGUUCUAAAGCAGAAGCUUGGUGACGGAGCAGUUCCUUUUACUCUUCAGUUCCCUGAGUUAGCUCCGAACUCUGUUCUAAUCUGCUCCAGUGAAGACGAGGAUCCAUCCAAGAGAACUAUGGGCGUGUUCUACGAUGUGAGAGCACAUAUAGCUGAUGCCAAUGAUGACUAUACCGGCAAGAAAGGGUCAACCGUUAGUAUGGGGAUUAGAAAGUCUCAAUAUGCUCCCAAUGAUAUAAAGCAGAGGAGUCCAACAUCUACAGCAGAGAAAGGUUUUGUGUUUGGUUCAGGUAAAAUUGUGCUUGAAGCGAACCUAGACAAGGAGGUUUUCUACCAUGGCCAGGAUAUCCCUCUUCAUGUAUCCCUUAAUAAUAACAGUAAAAAAACUGUUAAAUCUAUACAGUGCACCAUCAGUCAAAUUUGUGAAUUAUCAAUGGUCAAUGCACACUACUCUUGUAAGGUUGCAAGAUUAGAAUCUCAAGAUGGGUGUCCUUUACAAUCUGGAGGAUCACUCAAUCGAACCUUCAUCCUUAAACCUCUGGCUCAAAUUUGUCAGGGAGCCCGAGGGUUAUGUUUGGACGCCUCCCUGAGUAAGGUUCAGGACGAAUCUAAUCUAGCUUCCUCCAGUAUAUCAGAAACUGGAAACAACAAUGAUCUUCUUGGAGUCAUUGUCAGCUAUAGCAUAAAGGUAAAAGUUCUGCUGGGAGGUAUGGGCGGAGAACUCGAAACAGAUAUACCCUUUAAACUUGUUCAUCCCAGACCAGACAGCUUGGAAAUGGAAAACCUGAACAAAGAGAAAACCUCGGCAAGAAGCAAACAGACAGACAAAAGAAGACGAAUGUUUCAGGGCCAGGACAGUGUACUUAACGAAUCUUUCCACACUAGUCAGGAUAAUUAAAAAGUCUAAAACUGGCGAAGGUGUGCACGAAGACGACUUUAUUCAAGGAUCAUUCUUUGCAAUUCUUGCAUUUGUUCAAAUAACUGUGAGUGUAUUGCUUCUUAUCUACUUUUUCAACACUAAGACUACGGAACCAGGUUCAAAGGAUAGUCUUCCUCCACUACCAUCUAGCGGCCAUUUGUUAAACUGCUCAUUUCUUGUUUUCAUCUGUUCCUUUUAUUUAAUUGUCCUAUAAUAUCAUAUAUAUAUAUACAAUUUAUAUUAUUACAGAGAAUAUUUAGUUCAUAUUUCCUCGUCAAACUUUAGAAAAUAUUGUAUUCAUCAUUGCAAAUUAAACAUUGUGUAUAUAUGUUGAUCUUUUUGUAAUAAAUCCACUUUACAUUAGCAAAUGUUAAUAAACACUAAACACUUAAA